AUGAUGAAUGGCCGACCGGCUGUGAGCCUCAAAUCUCCACCUACCCACCACCUUUCCUCACCAUCACCCGCUCGCUCAACAGGCUCUGAAUCGUCAGCUAUUAAACACACCGCCCGUUCUCGUCGCACCAAAUCACAGGAAGCAGAGAAGCUUGAAGAAGAACAAGACGUAGAAGAGAGACCUACUACUACCGCUACGAUGCUCUCACCUCGGAGCAGUAAGUAUGAAAGAUUAGAAGGAGGAAUGGGGUCGGGUAAGAUGGGGAAUAGGAAGAGAUUUGGUUGGAUGAAGUUUGCAAUUGGGGCUGUUGUCCUUAUUGGGUUGGUGUGGCUCUUUGGACCUCGACAGGAUAUCAAGAAGUUGCCUUGGUCGACACCAGAGGAGGAUAUGGACGGUGACAACCCAAAAACACAUCCUUCUAAACCAAACCAUUACCACCAUACACCCACUGACGACGACGACUUCGAAAUCCACCCACCUCCCCCCAACUCGGGCCCUAACGCUCAGCCAACCUCAUUCGAGGAAGACUCUGACCCAACUUCAACAACCCACUGCACAAAUCCCUACUCCCCAACAUCCUCACUCGUCCAAUGGUCACUCAUGAUUGACGCAGGCUCAACCGGUUCCCGUAUCCACAUCUACAAAUUCAACAACUGUCAAAGAAACCCUUCUUUCGAAUACGAAGUAUUCCACAUGAUCAAAGGAGGACUCUCAGAUUACGCAGGGAACCCCGAAGAAGCCGCUGGGAGUUUAGACGUACUCAUGGACGAAGCUCUCCGCGUCGUGCCGAAAUCGCUUCAGCCUUGUACACCGGUUGCGGUUAAGGCGACUGCUGGAUUGAGGUUGCUUCCCGGUUCGCAGUCGGCGGAUAUCUUGAAGGCUGUUGAGAGGAGGUUGCAGGAGAGAUAUCCUUUUAAGCUCCACGAGCCUGAUGGGGUUGUGAUAAUGGAUGGGAAGGAUGAAGGGGUUUAUGCUUGGAUUACAGCGAAUUACCUGUUGGACACUAUCCGGGAUACGACGAAGAAUGAGGAUCAUCCCGGCACGUAUGCUGUUCUUGACCUUGGAGGAGCGUCUACGCAAAUCGUGUUUGAACCCAAGUUCUCCAAGCCGGAUUCGAGUCUUGAAGAAGGGGAUCAUAAAUACGAUCUCGAGUUUUUGGGAAAGAAAUACGUGUUAUAUCAACAUUCUUAUUUGGGAUAUGGGUUGAUGAAGGCGAGGUCGAGGAUUCAUCAGAUUGUCGAGUUUAUGGCUUCGCUUGAUCCUUCGAGGGAGAGGGCGAAGGAGAAAGGGUUAGAGGUGUUUGGGAAUCCUUGUAUUGCCAAGGGCAUGAAACGGGAUGUGGAGAUUGAGGAUGCGAGGACGGGGGGUGGGAGGAACGUGACGAUGGUUGGUGAUGAGAUUGGAUCGUUCGAUGCUUGUAAUAGGGUUAUUGAACUGGCGUUGGCAAAGGAUGCCAUCUGCAAACUCAAACCCUGCUCAUUCAACGGCGUCUACCAACCCUCUCUCUUAGACACCUUCCCCAGCGGAAAAGUCGUUCUCCUUUCCUACUUUUACGACCGCCUCGAACCGAUCCUCUCUGGAUCUCACGCGCGAUCUGACUCUUCUCCCCCCUUUUCCGAAGAUCUCAUCCAAACCUCAUCUUCAAGCGGAAAUCCAAAACUCUCCAUCUCUUCCAUCUCUUCUCUGGCUCGAACGAUCUGCGAAGGUCGACCUUCCUGGGACAAGAAUCUCAAACCUUCUGAUGCGCUUAUGAAAGAGCUAGAAGGAAGACCGGAGUAUUGUCUCGAUUUAACGUUCAUGCAUGCGUUGUUGAGACUUGGAUACGAGUUUGGUGGGGAGAAAGAGGUAGAGCUUGGGAAGAGGGUUGAAGGGACUGAGUUGGGGUGGUGCUUGGGAGCUACCAUUUCAAUAGUUGGUGGGGCAGAUUUGAAGUGUAGGGUGUAA